AUGGAGAAAGAAAAAAAAGUGAAUCCAGAUUCUAAUGACGAUCAAGGUGUUUUAAGAAUUCUUAGAGAUGCGCCACCUGCUCAUUACUCGUUAAGAAUAGAACCGUUCUCAGGUUUUACGAAUCUGGGAAUCGAUAAAUAUGAAUCAGAUGCAUUUGAUGUUGGCGGUUAUACAUGGAGGAUAGUUAUUUACCCAAAAGGAAAUACAAAAAGAGGGAUUGAAGGGCAUAUUUCUUUGUAUCUCGUCAUCGAUAAGACGGAAUCGCUUCCUCUUGGUUGGGAGGCUUAUGCAACUUACAAAAUUUUUCUAUAUGAUCACAACAAGGACAAAUACUUGACCAUUCAAAGUGAUCCGGCGCAACAAGUUCGAUUUCACCGAGAGAAGAAAGAAAACGGCUUUGACAAAUUGAUACCAUUAGACACUUUCAGUGUCGCAGCAAAUGGGUAUCUUAUUGAUGACUCUUGUAUAUUUGGUGUUGAAAUUUUUCCAGUUAAAUAUACAGGAAAUGGUGAGACUUUGGUAAUGAAUAUUGUGGAACCUACAGAAGUUACCUUUGAGUGGAAAAUCGAUAAGUUUUCCAAAAUUUGCAAGCGAAAACCUAAUGGCAGAAUAGAAUUUUCGGAUCAGUUUGCAGUCGGAAAAUAUAAAUGGCGUUUGAUGCUUUAUCCGAAUGGGGAUUCGACAAGCAAAGAUUGUGUAUCUUUAUUUUUGGAGUUGGUUAAGGGACCUCCAACCGGAAAGAAAGUGUUAACAGAAUUUUCAUUGGGGAUAAGAAAUCAAAUUUGCGAUCAACAACAACAAGCUUCUGUAUGGUUCAGCACUAACCCGUCAAGUGGUGAUGGGACAAAUCGCGAUAUGGGUUGGUCGAAGUUCAUCUUGUUAAAACAGCUUCAGAGCGAGUCGAUUAGCUCAAAACCAAAAGACGAUUUAUUGAUACAAGCAAAGGUUAUGAUCAAGGCAGAAGUUGCAAAUUUUUCUUGA